ACUAGGCAACUUUAUCAUUAUUUACAUAAAAAUAUUAGUUUCAUUUGAUUUUUAAAUUGGUUACAGUUAGACCUCAAAAAUAUAGUGGUAUAGAUUAACUUUAUUUUUUUUAUAAUUAACUAAAAUUAAAUGUUCUUUAUUCAGAUAACUGAGUUAUAAAUGUGCCAUGCAAUGGCUGCUAAAAAAAUAAAAAUGUGCAUGCAAUUUUUGAUAAAAACAAAGUACUUUUAUGCUUUAUCUACGGAGGACAGGUAGUUAUUAUGUUCUGGGAUUUGUUGUUAAGUUGUUACAAAAGGUUAAAUGGGUUAUUGAAAUAGUUGUCAAAAGCCAAAAAAAUACCUAUAAAAUGCUGCCAUUCAUUUUACAAACCAUUCGUCUCCAUUUCUUUUCAAAUCCUACUCCUAAUUCUCAUAGGAUUCCAAGAUACUAGAAUGGGAAAACGACAAGAUUGGUCCGUGACUGCUUGUGUUUUUCUAUUCUUGUCUUUGGCAUCACAAAUCCAUUGUAGGAGCCAAACACAUUUUUCAAACCGUUUGGAGCGGUCGAAGCAAGGAGAUGGUUCGUCAGGUGAUACGAGCUUCAAUGUGCUUCGUCGUGUGCUUUCGCCAAAGGAGAAAGAUCUAAUCAAGAAGCUCCCCGGACAACCUUCCGGCGUUAGUUUCAGACAGUAUGGCGGUUAUGUGGCUGUAAACGAAACAACCGGUAGGUUUUUGUACUAUUAUUUCGUGGAAGCCAUCAACCCCAAUAAAUCCACUCCUCUUGUGAUCUGGUUCAACGGAGGACCGGCCUGCUCAUCUCUAGGUGGGGCAUUUCUAGAGCUUGGUCCAUUCCGUGUACAUAGCGACGGCAAAACGCUUUUCCGCAAUCCUUAUUCAUGGAACAACGAGGCAAACGUGUUGUUCUUAGAAUCGCCGGUAACGACAGGAUUCUCGUACUCGAAUACUCCAAUUGAUUUGGAGGAAUUCGGGAACCAAGGGGACAAGGUAACAGCAGAGGAUAACUACAUGUUCUUGGUGAAUUGGCUUGAAAGAUUUCCGGAAUAUAAAGGAAGAGAGAUUUACAUAGCCGGUCAGAGUUACGCCGGCCACUAUGUUCCCCAACUUGCCCAGAUCAUCCUUCACCGUAACAAGCAAACCUUCAUCAACCUACAAGGCAUUUUGAUCGGUAAUCCAUCACUCGCCGCACUGAUCCAGGAGCGAUUCACCUACAAAUUUAUGUUAAGUCAUGGUUUGAUGUCCCAACAACAAAUGGACAAUUAUAACAAAUUCUGCAUGAGCGAGGACUUAUAUGAUAAUGACAAGUGCACAUUGCUGACACAAAAAUUCGUCUAUACAAAAACGCACUUGGACACUUACAACAUAUACGCUCCUGUGUGCCUAAACUCCACGUUGAGAAGCAAAUCCAAGAAAUGCACCACAGUAAUGGAGGUUGAUCCGUGCAGUGGCGACUACAUGAAGGCUUAUCUUAACAGAAAAAAGGUUCAAAAAGCGAUACAUGCCAACACCACAAAAUUACCGUACGAGUGGACCUCUUGCCAUGACGCAUUGAGUGAGGUAUGGAGCACUGAUGUUAAAGAUGUCUCAAUGACACCUAUCCUUCACGAGCUUAUGGGUGAGGGUGUUCGAGUCAUGAUCCACAAUGGAGACGUGGACCUGGAGAUUCCAUUUCCAUCUACAGUGGCCGUGCUGAAGACAAUGAAUCUGACGGUUGUAAAGGAAUGGCGUCCGUGGUUUACCGGAGGACAGCUGGGAGGGUUCGCAGAGGAUUACAAAGGGAACUUAACCUUUGUAACUGUGAAAGGAGCAGGUCAUAGUGUUCCUACGGACCAACCUAUACAUGCUCUUAAUAUUUUUACCAGCUUUAUCCGUAAUACUCCUCUCCCUCAAACACCCUGAUUUGUAACUUGUACCACCCCUAUAAACUUUAAUAAGACACUUUGUCCAGUGAUUGAAUGAUCUAAAGUUGAUUAUGAUGUGUAAUUA